CCGGUGUAAGUGGAUCGUAUCCAUUUUAUUGCUCCUUUCUCAGCCAUUCCAAAAGCAUCCUCCACCGCCAUCGUGUGCCGAUUGAACAUCGACGAUCGAGCGAUUGUCGCCACAUCCACAGUCAUCUUAUCGACCUUACCCCAUCGGCUUCUACCGCCUCAGACCGUUCUUCUUGACGCUUCCGCUGCCUCUAUGUGUCCUCCUCUUUCUGGCUGACGAAACAACGGGAGAAUUAAGUGAGAUGUAAGGAGGAUAAAAGGAAGUUGAACACACUCCUGUAUCAUCGAUGUAGGAACCGGAAGACAUACUACCGUCGGUUUUGAUGAAUCGAUUGUCUAGGGUGUUUUUUUAAUGUUUUGUAUACGAUUUCUGGUGACAAAUGGGUGGAAAGCGGACGCCAUCGACAUCGGAACACCACAACUUGCAACACAGUGGUUAACGACGACCUUUCUUCCAAUCUCGAUUUGGGGGAUACAUGUUUGAAUCUGUCACUUAUUGACUUUCAACUUAUCGAUGUGAAAGAAUGAAAACCUAUGCUUAUGUGUUCCUGUAUCAAAUGGCAAACUUUGCAUAUUAGAAACCUAUUUAAAUCCAUUGAUGAGUAUGAAGGUGAAGAUCCUCUACAACCAUGGCUUCAGUGCUCAUUCAAAAAGGUUACAAUAGUCCAGCCACUGAUGUGUAAAUACAUAGAACAUGCCCCGAUGCAGGUAGAAUUGAAGUUUGAACAUCGAAAUAGUAAAGAUUGUAACUCCGGUCCUCAGUAUGAGUGGCAACUGUACAUGUUCACUACAAGGAUAAACAAGGUGGCUUUUACAUUCUGUCACAAUAAUAAUAUUUGGAGAAACAGGUCAUUAUAA